AUGGCCCGGGUGCUCAAGAUGGACGAGCUGAUCGAGUCCGAGCUGAUGCACGACUUCGACACCAGCCUCUCGGAUAUCGGGCAGGAGCCGGGCGCCGGCGCCUACAGCAUGAGCGAUGUCUUGGCAUUGCCCAUUUUCCAGCCGGAUGACUUCAGCCUUCCCUUGGAGGGGGAAACUGAACAGCCACCCUUUCGGUACGUGAUGUGUGCUGCAACAUCGCCAGCAGUAAUGCUGCAUGAUGAAACUCUCACUUACUUGAACCAAGGUCAGUCCUAUGAAAUUCAGUUGCUGGAUAAUCGGAAAGCGGGAGAUAUGACUGAGAUUAGCGGGAAAUUUGUCAGGAGCAUCAUAAGGGUUGUAUUCCAUGACAGACGGCUACAGUAUACACAGCAUCAACAACUUGAAGGUUGGAAGUGGAAUCGCCCAGGAGACAGACUUCUCGAUUUAGAUAUUCCACUGUCUGUGGGAAUAAUGGGCACAAGGACAAAUCCAAGCCAGUUGCAUGCAGUUGAAUUUCUGUGGGACCCUGCAAAACGCACGUCUGCUUUCAUUAAGGUACACUGCAUCAGCACAGAAUUUACUCCACGGAAGCACGGAGGUGAAAAGGGAGUGCCUUUUAGGAUCCAGGUGGACACCUUUAAGCGGAAUGAAAACGGGGAAUAUACAGAUCAUCUGCACUCGGCUAGCUGCCAAAUCAAAGUUUUUAAGCCUAAAGGUGCAGACAGGAAACAAAAAAAAGACCGGGAGAAGAUGGAGAAGAGAACAGCUCACGAGAAAGAAAAGUAUCAGCCGUCUUAUGAUACCACAAUCCUCACAGAGAUGAGGCUUGAGCCUGUCCUUGAAGAUGUACUUGAACAUAAGCAGAAAAACUCCAGCAAGAGGACUUUGCCAGCAGACUACGGUGAUUCUCUGCCAAAGCGAAGCAGUUGUUCUCCCUGGCCCAGCACCCCCACGGCCUAUGUGAACAGCCCUUCUCCAGCGCCCACUUUCACCUCCCCAUGGCAGAGCACUUGCAGUGUCCCAGACAGCAUUUCUUCUUCGCCAAAUCAUCGGGGGUAUGGUGUUUCACAGGCCUCUGGUGAACAGAUUCAACCUUCAGCUACGACCCAGGAAACACAGCAAUGGCUGAUCAAAAACAGAUUCUCUUCCUACGCAAGACUGUUUUCUGAUUUUUCAGGUGCCGACUUAUUAAAACUGACGAAGGAGGAUUUAGUUCAAAUUUGUGGAGCAGCCGAUGGAAUUCGGCUCUAUAAUUCACUGAGGUCAAGGUUGGAUAAGCCCCGUUUAACCAUCUAUGUCUGCCAGGAGCAGCCAAGAAGCACACCAUCCCAAGGACUGCAGGAAGCUGCAGGCAGCGGAGGCGAGAGCGGCCUUGGGAUACCGUACAUUUAUCAUGCAAUCUACUUGGAAGAAAUGGUUGCCUCAGAAGUUGCCCGAAAACUUGCAUUGGUGUUUAAUAUUCCUUUCCAUAAAAUUAACCAAGUUUACAGACAAGGUCCUACUGGUAUUCACAUUCUUGUUAGUGACCAGAUGGUUCAGAACUUUCAAAACGAGAGUUGUUUUUUAUUCUCCACCUUAAGAGCUGAAAACGGUGAUGGUAUCCACCUGUGUUUGAAGUGA